AUGUAUUUAACAGCUCGUCUUGCCCUCUUGUCCCUCUGGGCUCUCUCAUCUUCGGCCCAUUUCAUCCUUCAAUAUCCGACCUCUCUGGGCUUCGAUGAUGAGGCGGAGGGUACCUCCCCUUGCGGUGGCUUCGAUCCCACCUUCAACAGCACCGACGACGACUCCAUUCCCGUCGGUGGUUUCCCCGUCUCCAUGAUGAGCACUCAUCCCGCUUCCAACUGGCUCUUCCGUGUGACCCUCGACCACCAAGCGCCAUUCAACUGGACCAACUUGUUGCCUGUUGUCGACGAAACCGGCCUUGGUCAAUUCUGCCUCCCCAAUCUCAAGGCCCCCGACAGCUUUGCUGGUCAGUCCGGUCUUGUCCAGGUGAUACAACAAGGUCCUGACGGCAUUCUGUAUCAGUGCGCCGCCGUUAACUUCGUCACUGGAGUCAACACCACCGUCAGCUCUAGCUGCACCAACGUGACCGGCUUGACAGCCACCAUUACCGACCAACAGAACUUUGAUACCAGCACCGCACCGAGCGCCUCUGGAUCUGCCACUUCUUCCACCAGUGCCUCAGCUAGUGCUGCAUCUGCGAGUUCUUCUGGCUUCGCUGCUCCCACCAAUGCUCCUCAACUUGUGCAGCAUCUCCUCGCUGCCGCCGGUGUCGUGGUCCCUUUCCUGUUGUAG